ACCGAAUCCGCUCCGAGGCGCACGUGCUUCCUCCUCGAAGCACCGGUUGAUCUGCCCCCUCAGUCGCUUUAACGCCCACCGCCUCCGCCGCGUUCGCAGCAUCCUUUGAUCCAGGUGUUCACGGCUUCUCCUCCCCCGUAAACAGAAACAUGAGCACAGUAAAUGGGGCGGCUUCAACAGAGACACGCACAGUCCCACGGCUCAAUGAAAGGAUUUUAUCAUCAAUGUCAAGGAGAUCAGUAGCUGCGCAUCCUUGGCAUGAUCUUGAAAUAGGUCCCGGGGCUCCUGCUGUGUUUAAUGUUGUUGUGGAGAUAACAAAAGGAAGUAAAGUCAAAUACGAACUUGACAAGAAGACUGGGCUGAUUAAGGUAGAUCGAAUCUUAUAUUCCUCAGUGGUCUAUCCUCAUAAUUAUGGUUUCAUCCCUCGCACUCUUUGUGAAGAUAAUGACCCCAUGGAUGUUUUAAUCCUUAUGCAGGAGCCGGUUCUUCCUGGUAGCUUUCUACGAGCCAGGGCCAUCGGUCUUAUGCCUAUGAUUGAUCAGGGGGAGAAAGAUGAUAAGAUCAUUGCUGUUUGUGCUGAUGAUCCUGAGUAUCGUCACUACAACGACCUCAGUGAAUUGCCUCCUCAUCGUCUCGCUGAGAUUCGUCGUUUUUUUGAAGACUAUAAGAAGAACGAGAACAAAGAGGUUGCCGUGAAUGAGUUCCUACCUGCAACUACUGCCCGUGAAGCCAUCCAGUACUCUAUGGAUCUUUAUGCUCAGUACAUAUUACAGAGCUUGAGGCAGUAGAUUGCAAGCUUUUGGUUGAGCAUUUCAAAUCAUGUGGCGUUAAAGACUGUUGUAUCAUGACAUUGUUCCGCUUUGUGAACUUGUAACGCUGGAUUUAGUUAUAUCCGCUUAGAUGGUUGUUGGGUUGAUCUUAAAUGUGCAACAAUGUAAUUAAGUUGUUCUGAGAGGAGGCAGAUGCUUUCACUAUACAGAAGGGAUAUGACCUGGAAAACUUGGUGGCAGGGCAUUCGAUUGCCAUUUCUGCAACGCCCUCUCCUCCCGCCCUUUCUCCUCUCUAACCCUCGACCCCUCCUUGCCCUCCGCUGUACCAUCUGCUCCGUUUCCGCUGACUAUGCCUGCAUUUGCCUCCUCGCCCGCCGCUGGCUCCGCCUACCCCUGCCUCCUCCCGGUACCUCGCCGUCUGCAACCCACUCACCGGGUCACACCGUCUCCGCCCCCCGUUAGGCUCGCCAUGGUCAGCUUGCGACGCCCUCGUACUUACCCAGCUUGCGGCGCUGCCCUGCGCCCCGGGCCCACACCGUUGGCUCAAGUUCUCCCUCCCGGAGGCCCGUCAUGAUGGCCGGCGCGAUCUUCGCCGUCUGCGACGUGGCAACCCCUGGCCGAGACUGUGGAGGCUCCUCUCCUGCCGCCUCCUCGAUCUCGGCGGGUGGACCGCGCUCCAGCGCCCGCGGCUGGUCGCGGGGGUGGGCGGGGGGCGGAUCUUGAUGAUCGGAGGGCUGCGGUCGUCGCUCGCAACCGACGCGUCAUGGUCGACAGUGUUGAUGUUGAGGCGCGACCUUGUGACUGUGGACUAGGACGAGGCUGUCGUUCUUUCAGCAGUAGGGGAUUGGGUCCUGCCGACCGCUGGGGCCAAUAAUAAGGUGAAGGUGAUUGGUGGGGAUGGUAGGGUUUGGUUCUCAGGGAGGGGGUCAGAGUAAAGUUGGUGAUGUGGGAGGAGGAGGACGACAAGGGUGGCUGCGGAGUGUGGAGUUAGGUCGAUGGCUUUACAGGGGCCAAUGAUGGGGUAUCCAGGGGGUUCGUGUUUGGUGCUUGAUUUGGUGCCGCCCCAUGAGUGAUAGCCAAAUUUGCUUAUGAUAUGGUUCUGUGAGCUUGACGGUGUCUGUUAUAGCCCUGUAGAACAGGCUAAUGUGCAUGAACCCUGAGAUGGAGAGACCUGCUUUGGCAUCAGAGGAAGCUACUGCAGGAAGGUGGUGGUGCUGCUGCUUGGAAUUGGAUACCACAGCUUGCUUGUAUGAACAUGAGAAUCAAAAACUAAUCAAGAGAGGGACUGACAACAUCUAGGAAUUCCUGGUGGCUCAGCAUGCAUUCUCGCAUCACUGGAUGUCUUUGUUUCCCAACCUUUUGAGGGUUUAUUUAAUCACCUGUCUCUAUCGAGCCAUUAUCCAGGAAAGGGACGGCUCUUAUUGGUCGGCAGGAUGGAGAACCUCCUUCUGGAAUCGAUAUUGACAUUGCCAUGGAGAGGCCAGUCCACAGAUUCUUCAAGCCUCGUCUAUUCUGGGGAGGCAGAAUCAAAGAACAUUGCCCCAGAUGUAAGCAAUCAGGUCAAUCAUCCACUUGGCGGAAGUGGAGGCAUGUUCUUGAGCUGGAUUUUGCCUUUAGCAAAGCCAGGCACAAGAUCCAUGAUUGAUUGGGCAAGAGUAUAAUACAAGACAACAGGAUCAUCCUCGCCUGAAUCAAUCAUGUCAUGCGUGUGAGACACUCGAGAGCCGGCCCACCAUGGAGCCUUCUCCUGCAUAUGCGAAGCUGGGGCUUCAGGGAACCAACGACAUGAAUCUUCGUCAGUUGACAUGUUCAAGGACCAAUUCCUGUCUCCUCAUCAAGCAGCACUACUCAGGUGGAACUUUUCCAAGGAAACUUUAAUGUCAACCUGUAGAAGAAACAAAUGACGGCGUAUAUAAUGUAGUCUAUAGCAGCCUUUAGGCACUGCUUAUUGGAAGAUUUUAAUCUAUCCAUCGUUCUAGGAUUUGACCUUUGUCAAUUAUUAAUUCCGAUGCUUACUUCUUCA